CCGUCUCCAGCAGCAGCCGGCCCUUGGCGGCCAGGAGACCACGUCCCUCCCACCCACCGGCCCAGCCACCGCUGCCCGGCCGGGCUUGCAAGGCCUCACCCAUGGGGAACAGCAAGAGUGGGGCCCUGUCCAAGGAGAUCCUGGAGGAGCUGCAGCUGAACACCAAGUUCACAGAGGAGGAGCUGAGCUCCUGGUACCAGUCCUUCCUGAAGGAGUGCCCCAGUGGCCGCAUCACGCGGCAGGAGUUCCAGAAGAUCUACGCCAAGUUCUUCCCCGAGGCCGACCCCAAGGCCUACGCCCAACAUGUGUUCCGGAGCUUUGACGCCAACAGCGACGGCACCCUGGACUUCAAGGAGUACGUCAUCGCCCUGCACAUGACCUCGGCGGGCAAGACCAACCAGAAGCUGGAGUGGGCCUUCUCCCUCUACGACGUGGACGGCAACGGGGCCAUCAGCAAGGGCGAAGUGCUGGAGAUCGUCAUGGCUAUUUUCAAAAUGAUCAAUCCUGAGGACGUGAAGCACCUCCCGGAAGAUGAAAACACACCAGAAAAGCGAGCUGACAAGAUCUGGGGGUUCUUCGGAAAGAAAGAUGAUGAUAAACUUACAGAGGAAGAAUUCAUCGAGGGGACCAUGGCCAAUAAGGAAAUUCUGCGACUGAUCCAAUUUGAGCCUCAAAAAGUGAAGGAAAAAUUGAAGGAGAAGAAAACCUGAUGUCCACUGCUCAGCCCCGCCCCCACCCCUCCCCCCGGCACAGAAACCCCUCUGAGCAUUCGAGCAUGCUCCAGGGGCCAAGAGGGCUUCCUAGGCCUUAGCGUCCCUCCCAUUUUAUCCCACCACCUCCUCUCCCCUGCCCGCGGCCCAGGCCUCCAUGAUAAUCCCAGGAUUAGGUCACAGGAGUCCUCAGUAUC